UGAGGACCAUACGUCACGGCACGUGCUGUGCACUGACACAAAGCCAGGUAAUGGACCGUGAGGAUGAUACACGACGAUCAAAUUAAUGGAUUCCCAAAGAAAUACAAACGGAUAGUCGGAUACGAAAUUGAUAUAUUAAGGAAAACUCUACAAGAAAAAGGAUCAAUACAAUGUUUCAUUUUUAUUCAAAUGGACAGAACAUACAUACAGCAAACAUAUUUAGACAUACAAUAUUUCUAGUUGCGUCAAACACUUGAUCCAUAAUAAGAAAUGUAUAUAAUACCCCAUAACACACACUGGAGAUAACGCAGGAUACAGUAUGAAAUUUAAAUGUUUCAACAAAGUAGAUUUUCGAUAAGAAGGACUGAAGCGUGACAAAGUGUAUUUAAAGUAGAUGACAGAUAAUUGGUAAACAAUUAAACCUUAAUUAAACCUGACAUCGUAGAUCCCUACAAUCAUGUCGACACGGACGAGGACGAGAACCCCAGUGUUGGAAUUUUAGUGUCAUGUCUCCAGUAUGGGAAUACACUUGACCAUCUGUAUAUUUUUAGUUGUUCUAUCUUUCAUUGGGCACGUGACCACUCUUACAAUAGAACCGGAGUGCCUACCGUACGAUCCCCCGGGGUCAAGCAGUGUGUUCCUUGAUGCCAAUGUUGAACCUCCAGGUAUAAACGUGUGUUCAGUGAAUUACACUAGGACUAAAACGGAGGACCAACCAUGCCCUGGAGUACCUGCCUCAAACUGUCCUAUCGAAGUAACUGUGAUCUGCCCCAGCUAUAAAUGUUGUAACGGAUAUUCCACAAAAUCUGAUGCAGAUACGAGUUGUCCGGCUGCUAUUUGUGACAAUCAAAUCACGGAGACAGGUGCUUGUCAGAAUACGGCAGAUGGUGGGCGUUCCCAGCUUAUUCUAGGGACUACCGUCACUACAAGUAGUGGGCAGUGUAACGAGCCAGAAGUGUGUUCCAGUUGUGGCUCCGGAUUUUACGCGGAUGGUCCAAAGUGCAAAAUUUGUGCCGAGAUAACAAAAUGCGAGCAUACGGAGUGUUCGAAUGGAACCUAUGCCAAAUGUGUUCAGUGUGAGGGUACGGUUGUUAAUCAAGUGUACGGCAGAGCGCUGACCCCGGCUGCCGACGAUGGCCAGUCAUGUCAAGUGGCCUGUUCCUGGAGAAGCGACAGUACGAGGUGCUAUCCCGGAACCUGUAAAGAUGAACUUGCCACCAACUGUAAUUGCUCUACCGGUUUCGAUGGGACACACUGUGAAAAAAUUACUGAAUCUGUCACUGUGACCUAUAAUGAAGCUCUGUUAGAGUUUGGAGUCAUUACCAGCAAAAAUCCAACUGACCCAAACAAUAUCACUCAACCACAACCAAAGAUCUGGGUUAAUGAACUACAGUUCAACACCUUAAAGGCCAAGUUCAUAGCAGCUUGGACUCAGAGGGAACCGCCACCCGACAUCACAAAUCAUUACGUCACAGACUUUAAAGUUGGUCUCGUGGAAGGCUCCAUGGAUUAUGAACUUACACAGGCAAUUGGUGUCGUUACAUCAGGAACAAAAACUUGUGGUGAUCUUUCUCUCCUCGCCCCAAAGACGUCUGCAUAUACAUGUGAAUUGGACUUCACAUUUGCCAGCCUAUUUAGCCACAACGACACGUUGAAGUGGGCCUACCGCAUAAAGAAUGGUGGUUAUGUGAAAGUUAUGAACAAGGAAACGUCGGCUGAAGAAACGUUUUACUACGAAGGUCAGGAAUCUACAGCCAGCUACAUGUACCACUUUGACACGGUCAAACCCUCAUCCAGUAGCGAUGAACCGUUGGUAGCACCUGAUAUAACAGACUCGUCUUCAAUAACAAUCUCCUGGAGCAACUGGACGGAUGACUUGUCUGGACUCUCUCAAUUUGAUUACGAGCUUACAGACAUCGGUUACGGAACAACAAGCUUGGUGAAAACGGAAUCUAAUAUUACUGCUGACACAGAAUCGACGACUUUCACUGCUCCUGCAGAUGGACUUUACCAAGUAAUAUUAACAUGUCACGAUUUGGCAGGAAAUUACAAAUCUGCUCGGCGAAUAUUUUUGUUCGAUAGCUCUUCUAUAGUAGAAAUACCUCCAGGACACAAAAUCUCUGAUACCGUGUCUACAACAAAUACUUCGAACACGUGGGUCGUAACCUCUGUUACAUCUCUCAGUGUGGAAUGGGAUGGACAUUUCAUAAAUUCGCGCCAUAAAAACAACCAAUGGCUGAAUGGAGCGGCAGCGUACGGGGGAAUUGAUACAACUUCUAAAUACGAUGAUAUUACUGGAAAGAUAACCAUGAAUAGCAUUGACAAUGAAGAUGGGAUAAUUAACUUUAGAGUUAAGCUUGCAAUAAACAGCGACGAAACGACAAUAACACAGGAAGUUGCCGAGUACUCGGUUUUCAACAUUCACAAGCAGCUGGAAACAUUCACAGGGUUAAGUUGGAGUGACGGGGACCGCAUGGAAAUCACGAUAACCGCUUUCGAUAUAAUGAAUGUAACGAAAGAAGAUCAGGUGACAUUAUACAAAGAUACAACGCCACCUCAAAUCACUGAUCUGUGGUUGACCAAGGAAGAUGAGCUUGAUGUUGCCGUGUUUGGAUUUACUGAUUUUAAUAAAAUGACUAUAGAAUGGUCUGCAGAGGACCCACACAGCGGAAUUGACAGUAUGGCCUGGAGGAUUUACGACACAGAUGACAAUACCUUGCAACAUGGGAUAGAAAACGUACCUCCCCAAGGAGAUUCUCAGAACAUGACUGACUGUAAUAACAAGUACCAGAAUGCCUCACGUGGAGUAAACUGUUACUGCACAACAUUUGUCGGCUGCUUUCACAAACAUUUUGUCGUCACGCCUACUGUACCUAGCAACGGUCUUCGGGGUGUCCAUGAUGCAGAUUAUUUCAUAGAGGUGGUGGCUACCAACAAGGCUCAGCUACAAACUACUGAACGGAAAAGAAUCAGUAUUGAUACAUCUCCACCUCAUGCUGGGUUUGUUAUGGACGGUUCUGUUGGUCAGAAAGAGGUUGAUUAUCAACAAGGGAUGACACUCCAAGCUCAUUGGUCGGGGUUCUUUGACAGAGAAAGCGGUGUCCGUUUCUACCAGUAUGGAUUUUCCACGGAAUGUCUGACGUCAGCAAACUUUUCCCUGACUUCCAACAGUAGCACAACAGUUAAAACCACAACAUCUACUGACGCAAGCAUAACGAUGACAUCGGAAAAUACGUAUCAUAUAACAGUUGUUGCAUAUAACGCAGCAUUUCAAGCCUCUGAACCGGCGUGUUCUGACGGUGUUACGAUAGACUCAAGCGAGUCUUCUAUCAAGGAAUUGUCGAUCAGUAACUCCAGAAUUAAAGGCGGUCUAGUGCAGAAUUCUGGGGAAAUUUGGAUUGUUUCUGAGGAAAGAACCAGGAAGAAAAUUUACAAUACCACAAGCUGCAGCUCUAAAGCCACGGCUAUUGCAAGCCUGGAUUUGAUUCCUAUUGAGAGAGAUGCGGAUGGGAACACUGUGGAAGUUGACGGUGAGGAGGUCUGUGCCAGUGCAUCAAGUGCCCCUUCAGAAUUAACCCCAGUUCUCUCCAGUGCCACAUCGUAUCAACUUGAAUGGCGUGAAAAUGCUGGAAAAGGUGGGGUGUACAAUUAUGAGAUUGGGAUAGACUCAACACCAAACAGCGUCAGUCCUUCCAUCCUACCGUUCACUUCUACAGAACACAACCCAAACUUCCAGAUCUCGGCAAAUACUCUUCCUGUCGGUACAGUCUUUUACUUCACCAUAAAAACGAUCACCAAGGCAAAUAAAGAAAGUAUUCAGAGCGUGAAAUGCAUUUUGGAUACCACAGCACCAAGUUUUACCGGCCAAGUAUCGGUUUCAAUAACGAACAAUAACGAAUUUAUGGUUGCAUCAUGGCCAACAGCAUUCACCGACUCAGAAGAUCCAUUUUCACUAGAUGUAGAAUUUGCAAUCGGCUCAGAGAUGUAUGGAACACAGAUUCAGAAAUUCAGUCCCCUGCAGACGGGAGGAACCUGUGCUUCUCUGUCCCCUGCUGUCUGUACAGGUGUGGCUCUGGGGUCUCUAGACUGGGAUUUGCACUCUUUCCAUGUCUAUUAUGUUACCGUGAAGGCUACGAACAGAGCAAUGCUAUAUACAUUGGCUGUGUCUACACCAUAUACACAUGGUAUACAAAAACCUACGGCUGGUAUAGUCAUAGAAAUCGCAUCAGCAAACAUCACAUCGUACGUUCCAGUGAUGGAUAUAGAAGACAUAGAUUUUCAACACGAAACAGACAGGAUCUCAGCGCGUUGGAGUGGAUUUUACCAUCCACAUUCCAACAUUUCUUAUACGCUGUCCAUCGGUACAACAAAAGGCGGAAAUAAUGUGGUGAAUGCUCGAAAUGUCGGGAGAAAUACAACAGAUACAAUUACUGGAAUCACAUUAACCAAUUUACAGACAUACUACGUGAGUAUAACAGCCUCCACGGCGUACCAAGACGUGACCGUGACGUCGGAUGGAGUGACAGUUGUACUGGAAAAUACAGCGUUAACCACCAUCACUGUCUAUGAUGGGUCCAACUGUACCAUGGCUGUCGACAACAAUGUGACUGUGUUCACUCAUCACGAUAUGGACAAUCGUAAACGAUGUCAGGAGGACAUUGAUUACCAGGCGUCUGUGACAACUCUGUCUGCUUACUGGGAAAUCCCGAGUUCUCAAGCUCACUAUCUCACCGACGUCUUUAUUAGAGUGGAAGUCAAAGAUCACUCCGGAGGCACGUGGAGCGGAGUGACAGAGUGGAUGUACCUAGUGACUAACCACCAUCACACCUUUAGGAACCUGAACCUCUCCCCUGGGCGAACUUACAGAUCUUCUGUCAAAUUUUGUGCCAGGCUCCUCUGUUUCGUUCCCAUUAAUAGCGAUGGCGUUACAGUAUUGGCCAAUAAUCCAGUAACAGGAGGUUUAACCCUUAACCACCAGACUUCUGGAACUGAGACGGUGUCCGUUGAAUUAGACCAGUUUUACGAUCCCGACGUAAUCUCUCCAUCUGACAAAUAUGCUGCUGUGGAUAAAUAUGAAUAUGCCAUCUCAGACAACUCCACAAACGGAAAUGUACACACAAGAUGGACGACAAUCACAGCAUCUCCAUCUGCGCAGAAGAUAUCAUUCACAGUCCCAUUGAAUGGUACGAUGGACUUCAGUAAGUGUCGGAAUCUUGUUGUCAGAGGCUAUAACAAGGCAGGCCUCUACAACACCGUGUCCGCCGGCAUUAAAGACUGCGCCCAAUUCAAUCCCAUUCUAAUUGUUCCCAAUGUCAUCGUUGACGCUGUUGGAACCCCAGAUCCUUCAGAUGAUACGAAAGGUCUUGGAGUAAACUUAGCCGAGAAUGCUGUUUGGACAGCUGCGGAUGCUGAUUACACUCCCUUCAGGACAAUAUUAUCCGCUGUUUGGCACUCUGGAAGAUAUUCUUCGUACAAGUGGGCCGUCAUAGAGAACAAGUCUCCGGAAUCUGUAACGUACAACAGACAGAAUAGCCCACUGUUACUGAGAGAUCCAUGUACUCACACAGAUGUCGUUCACUCCAAAUGUGGGACUACGACACAAGAGUAUGUUAAUGUUGUUUUUGGUGAGAGUGAGUAUCUGGUACAUGGUAAAACCUACAUGAUAUGUAUCCAUGCUGAUGAAGAGAAUGUAACCAAUGAACUGUGGACAAACCUUCUGCCUGAGCUAAGUGUCUGUACUGACGGGAUAAUUGUGGAUCUCACAAGCCCUACUACUGAUGCCGUGUGGCUCGGAAUUGUCCAGAAUACAAAAUAUCAGGUGGAUUCUUCUGACUUUUAUGUGAACUGGAAAUCAUUUGUGGAUAUUGAGGAACUUGGAAUCGGGAGACAUCAUACAGGGAUCAGUUAUUAUGAAGUUAAUAUUGGGUCCACUGAUGGAGGAAAUGACGUGGUGGAUACUACGAACGUCGGGGUGGUUAACCACGCCCACUUUGGAUCCCUAACCUUACAUUCGGGCCAUAAAUAUUACGCAACCGUCACAGGCUAUGACUUUGUCGGAAGGAAGGCUAGUAAAACCUCUGACUUUGUUAUUGUCGAUUUUACCCCUCCUACAAACACAGAUGAACCAAUAAAACUAAGGACAGGUCGACACAUUACAUCCACAACUGAAGUAUCUGUUUGUUGGUCAAAUAUUUUUGAUGAUAAAGAAAGUGGAAUUGAUUACUACUUGUGGUCCGUGGGUUCAAUGCCUGGAUACAGUGACUUGAUGGGGUUUACAAAAGUCAGUGACGUUUGUGUGACAAAUAGUCCCUCCACAUUGAGUAUGACAGAAGGACAUGCUUAUUACAUCAAUGUUAGGGCAUAUAACAAAGCUGGUCUCUCUACCACGAUAACGUCAUGGGCGUUUGUAGUGGAAUCAUCGCCGCCAGUAGCUGGUCACGUGUUUGAUGGCGAGAAAUCAGGAACGUCAGAGCAGAGAGAUCUGGAUUUUCAAACACAUCUGAAUUACAUUUCUGCUUACUGGGAGGGAUUCUAUGAUCCACAGUCCACUAUCAAGGGAUAUUACAUCAGCGUGGGAACGUGUCCUCUUUGUCAGAAUAUACUACAACAUCAGCCAGUUGGAAUUGUCAAUGAAUACCGUCUCUCUGGAGUUGAUUUCACCAUUGGGAUAAAGUAUUUCACUUCAGUGACGGCCUGUAACACGGCAGAUUUAUGCACUACCGUGACGUCAGAUGGGGUAAUCAUAGACAACAGCCCGCCUACUCCAGGGAAAGUGAGAGACGGAGCAGGGACGACAGACUUGGAAUACCAGUCCUCCAAAUCGCACUUAUCUGCAUCAUGGUACGGCUUUUCAGACCCGCAGUCAGGAUUGGGGAAUUUUGUGUGGAAGGCGGGAACUGCUCCAGGUGGAGAUGAUAUAUUCAAUGUGACAUUUCAGCACAUUCACCUGAAUGUCUACGCUCGCAGCCUACCUCUUCCUGGAGAUCUACCGACCGGAAAAAGGAUUUACGUCACUGUUGGUUGCUACAAUAAUGCUGGAUUGUACGUGGAAACUUCAUCCAACGGUUUUAGGGUCGACGAAACAGGGCCUGUAAUCGUGUUAGGUCCUUCAUUUCCCGGGGAUUUUGUGACGUAUGAUGCUGGAACUGACCAGUACUACCAGGUCCACAGGACCACGCUCAGGGUGGAGUGGCAGGUUACAGAUUCAGAGUCCCACAUCGAGCGGCAGUACCUCACCAUUAAGUCGCACGUUGGGGGCGAAUUUAGCAGUACGCCUACACAGAUUAAUGGCAUCGUGCGGGACUACACGUUCAGUAACCUGAAUCUCCAUGAUGGGGUGGAAUAUUUCGUCACGUUGAUCAGCUGUAACGGGGCGGGGCUAUGUACAAACGCCACCUCCAGGCCUCUCUUAGUGGAUAGCACACCCCCAAAUAGAGGAAUGUUCGCCAUCCAGACUGACCAUGCCGCGAAUCUGUCACGUCAUGUCAAUGAUCACAUGACAUGGACCUACAAGAAGACGGUGUCAGUACAGCUUGCCUGGAUUGGCUUUGACGAUAGUCACUCGAAUAUCCGCCAUUACAGCAUCAACAUAGGGUCCGGGUUCUUUUCAUCGGACCUGAAUCAGGAUCCUGGAACCCCCUUUAUUAUAUCCCACAAUGACACUGGUAUCAAGAAAGGUAACGAGGGGAUCGUGCAAACCAGUACCCUCCCAACCCAGAGCCUGACCCGACACAGCUAUAUUUUCAUCCACAUGUGGGCCGAAAACAUGGCAGGUCUGAAAAGUGCCAUCAUUCAUUUCAAAUUUAAAAAAGAGGCGGGUGGUCCGCUCCAGUUGGUACGGCGCUGUGAGCCCUACACUUGUGAGGGCUAUUGUAUCUGCGCCCCCCAGGACGAACGAUGCGCCAUCACCACUCCCGUUACAUGCGUCAAUGACACAGAAACUGACUCAAAUAGUGUUGUCAUGGUAAAGGACCACCUUGGUUUUGGAUCCAAUGACGUAGAUUAUACACCGUCAGACACCGUGUUACAAGGUUCAUGGGUGAUCACUCUUGUACAAGGCUACAAACCGGUCUGGUAUCAGUGGAGUGUUGGGUAUACGAGUGGGGAUACUCCCGAGGGCGUCUUUGAUGCGUCAACAGAUCUGGUGUGGCAUGACGCAGCAUCUAUCACCCAAAUGACAUUCACCACCAACAAAGGUAAAACUCUAAAACAGGGAAGAAAGUAUUCAUUCUUUGUUCGGGUAUGGUACUCCACAACAGUGUUUGGGGAUUUCAAAUCUGAUGGUGUCAUCAUCUCCAGUCAGCCUCCUAUCACCAGUCUAAACAACGGUGCUACGGUAACAGAGGUGCGGCGAUAUAGUACAUUCAAAGAUAUGGACUUCAUCAAAUAUGGCUCACAGAUCACCGUGGACUGGGCCAAUAAGUUUGUGGACGCCUCCACUUCCUUGGCAAAAUUCCAAUUGUAUAUCAGCACCCAGCCUGGAGGUCACAAUAUCCAUUCUGUGGACACCGAACUGAGUCCCUCUGCCACACAAUUCAACAUCCUCAGUAUGGCUGUUCAGAGUGGUGUUCGAUAUUACAGUAAUGUAAUAGCUUACACCCAUGCCGGGCUGCACCGCACGGAAACCUCGGACGGUUUUAUCUUGGACGCCAGUCCACCAAUCCAAGGAGUUGUAUACGAUGGUACAGGACUAGAGGACUUGCAGUUUCAGGAUUCAGACACAACUGUUGCUGCGCGGUGGCACGGAUUUAUCGAUCUGGACUCUGGCAUUAAGUGGUACCACUGGUGUGUUGGAUCUACUCCUUCAGCGUCUGGCAGCGACGUCUGCGAUGUCGUGUCGUGGAGAAACGUGGGUAUUCAUACCAGAAUCAAACUGGAUCUCUCAAAAACGCUUCCAAAAUGUGUCUACAACAAGGUAUAUGCGUCUGAUGUGGUUGGAUUUACUUCCGCUGUAGCUGUAUCCAAUGGUUAUUGUUCCGAUGUAACGUCACCUACACCACUGUAUCUCACAACGUUGGAGAACGACGUGGUUUCUAACGGUGCUUUUAACAAAUACAUUCGCUAUGUUAAAUUCGAUGAUUUAAACACUACAGAUAUAUGUGACGCCGGUAAUCAAUUUGGUGCAACGGGAUGGUCUUUGUCUUCAGAUGCAUGCGCUGUUGUAGUGGAGUCAAGCUUAUCUCAGACUGAAAAUUCUUUCUUACACGUGCGAGGUGCCGUUCAGCAAGAUGUAUCAUUAACUGCAGGUUUAUACAGACUGACGUUUGUGUCUAGUCAUCCACAUAUCAAUCAAGCAAGAACAGCGAACAGGGAAGGAUUUGUUUCAAUCGGAGAUAAAAAACACAUAUUCAUGUUGUAUAUAAAACCAUACCGUCAAGAUGGUCACGGUUCUGAAUCUGGGAGGUCGAUAUUAUCCUGGCAUAAUCAUACGUUCUAUUUUAACAUCACUGAAAGUGGAAGUCAUGCACUACGAGUGGGUUCAAUGAGGCAAUACAGUGGGAUAUACCUCGACGAUGUUAGGGUGCAGUUUAUAAAUACAAGCCAAAUUUCUGUUUCGAGUAAUGAAACGGUACAUGGACAUACAACAUUUUUACACGAAUGGACAUCCGUACAUGCUGGAUGGAGCUUCUUCAAUCCAGGACCUAGUCCGAUUACACACUACAUGUGGGCUAUUGGUUUCUCUCUCGGGGGGAUUCAGAUACAAAAUUUUGAAAGCACUGGCCUUCUUCCAUUUGGUUCCAAAAACGAUGUGAAUCUGGUACAUAAUGCCUCUGUAUAUUUCACCGCUAUUGCUACUAAUGCAGUUGGAAAAACCGCUGUUUCGUAUUCGGAUAAAAUCCUUGUUGAUUUAACGCCUCCAUUGAUAACGGAAGUCAAUGAUGGACGAGGUUCUGAUGAGGAUUUCAGUGGAAUAAGCACAGUAUUUGUAAACUGGAAAGCUGAUGACCAGGAGUCGGGAAUACGUUCUUGUGAAUGGGCAGUCGGCUAUUCUCCUCAGUCCGUUGACCUGAAGAAAUUUAGUAUAAUGACCACUUACUCGGGAUACAUUGAUGUUAAUUUCACGGACACGGAAAACAACACCCUGUACAGCACAGUCCGCUGUGCCAACCGAGCAGGGCUAACCACCUACGCUUACUCGGAUGGAAUCAAAAUAUCACAGAAUGCACCGAACGCCUCCAACGUUCAAAUUAGUCAUGUGACCCUCUCACAAACUGUGUACUCACCUUCUGACGGAUUCCAGGGAGUUACGGAUUCUAUCCGAUUACACUGGAACGGAUUCAGCGAUCCGGUAGAACUAAGUUCUCACAGAAUGGAGAUCGACUUUGCAGAAAUGGCUGAUGACUUGUUUACAACCGUGACAUUUCCACAGAAUCAAACAAUUCAAUUCAUGCACGUGACCGGACUGUCCUUAAAGGAUGGAAUACAGAAGGUCAAGAUCAAUGCAAAAAAUGCACUUGGAAUCUCAAGCGAAAACGUAUUUUACAACAUUUCACUGCAUACUUCGCCUCCAAAUGUUAAUAGCAGUGUCAACCCAACAGUGACAUGGAAUCCGACUACAUUGAAGUUGAAGGCUUCUUGGUCUGGUGUGUUCACAUCGUUGUAUUCUAUGAGGUUUGAGGUUUCCGCUGGUUUGGCUGAGGGUGGAGCUGAAAUUCUACAGUGGGCGGAGACGUUAAACACCGAACUAGAGUUCGAAAUGCCCAAAAGUAUAACGGACUUUAAUGGAUAUGACAUUUUUGUGUACAUACGGGCUAUUGCUGCAGGAGGACUUUUCGCCGGUGUGAAAGGGAAAGUGACUUUACCGUCAUAGUAUCUGUUGAAUGAAUGAUGUUUGAUAUUUAUGAAUAUGCUUAUCAUAUCAUCUCCAAAAGGACAUUGACAUUUCAUUUUAAUGAAUUGUACGUGGAUCUUUAAUUAGUGUAUCUGAACAAAAGUAACCUACAUAUAGCUACAAUAGCAGUCAUUCACGUGACCGAAUAUCCUUAAAACAAAGAAACUUACAACAAUUGUUAAAUACAUUUCACAUUUAGAUCGUUGCAGUGUAAUUUAAACUAUGCAUCGAAUCCUCCAUUGUGAUUUUAGGAUUUAUGAGGUUGUUUACUGCUCGUUAUCUUCGCCUUUUUUUUUGUAUACAUGCUUUGUAUUCAUUAUAUAGGAAUUAUGAGAUUGUUUACUGCUCGUUAUCUUCGCCUUUGUCUUGUACACAUGCUUUGGUUAUUCAAUGCAUUGUUAUCUAUGUGAUUAAGUAUUUUGGUUUUAAAUGAGUACGUUUAUUUAUCAAAAUUCAGACGUGUGAAUAGAAAGAUUUCUUUGGGCUAUAUUUGUGAAGAUUUCUUCUGUCAUACAUAUGUAUCACUACGUGUCUUUCAUCUAUUGCAAGUUGUUUUUGUUGCCUUAAUAAAUAUUUUCAGAAUUGCCA